AUGAUUCAGGAGGAGGGCCCCCGACCAGGACAGCAAGUAAUAGAGGUCGUGUUGCCUACUUAUUCCAUGAUUCCGGCCGAGCAAGAAAGGUUUUACCCUUCAGAAGCAAAACGGAUUUGCGAGCGUGUAUUGGUCGGUGAAUUGGACAAUAAGGAGUACUUCGAAGACAGCGCAAAGGACUGGAUUAUUUCGAUUGGGAACACGAUAAAGUCCGAGAUCAAGUGCCUGACCGUGCCGCGAUAUAAGAUCAUCGUGCAGGUCACAAUAGGACAGAUGAAAGAUCAGGGUGUCAGUGUUGCUUCGAGGUGUCUCUGGGAUAUAACAUUCGAUAACUACACAUCCGUCAACUUCACAAAUUCUUCGUUGUGGGCUAACGUGAUGGUCUUCGGGGUCUACACGGAUUAG